AUGAUGGAUCAAAUUGUUAAAAAUGCGAUUCUACAUGUUAAGAAUGUUCAGGACCUUCAUCAUCCUAAUGUACUUCAUGUGAUUCUUCUAAAUUCAGGAUACUUACUGGUGGUUAAUGUUAAUGUAUGCCAUAAUAUUUAGAAGACUCUCAAAAAAAUUGUAUCUGCAAAAUUCCAUUUUGUCUCAAAUGCUAAAACAAUAAUAAUAUUUGUGAUCUUUGUGAAGAUAAUAGAAUUUACAGUCCAAAAAAUAAUAGCUGCAUUUGUAAAGAGGGAUAUUUUGAAAAGGAUAAGACAUGCUAAAUUUGUCAUAAAUCUUGCAAAACUUGUUCUGGAGGAACAGAACUAGAAUGUGAUUCAUGUGCUUCUUUACGUUAAUAAGUAUCUCCUAAAAAAUAAUGCUUAUGCUAGGAUGGUUAUUAUGAAGAUACAAAUUUUAAUUGUUAAAAAUGCCACUAUUCCUGUUAAAAAUGUAUAAAUGAUAACAAUUCAAACUCAUGUACAUCAUGUUCAUUCAGCUCAAAUAGGAUUUAAUAAUCACUUCCUGAUUAAAAAAUAUUUAGUUGUGUUUGCUAAAAUAAAUUUUUUGAAAUUCCAAAUAAUUAAAAUUGCGGAUAGUGUAAUCCUUAGUGUAAUCAAUGCUCUGGAGAUUAGAAUCAUUGUAUUUAAUGCGAUGAAAUUACAAGAACUUUAAAAAAUAAUUAAUGCGUAUGCAAAGUAGGAUAUUUUUAUAUCAACUCAAAUGAUGUUUCUUGUUUGUAAUGCUAUAAUAAAUGUGAAACUUGCAAAAGUGGAUAAAAAGAAAAUAAUAUUUGCUUAACUUGCAGACCAACAGACAAUAGAAUACUUUAAAAUAACUCAUGUUAAUGUAAAUAAGGUUAUUUUGAAUCUUUUUCAUCAUCCAGCACAAUAUGUGACUAAUGUUAGCCAAAGUGCUUAUCAUGUUCAAAUAAAACAACUUGUGAUAGCUGUGAUCAAAGCUUAUAACUCAUACUAAACUCAUCAAAUCAGUGCGUAUGUAAAGAUGGAUACUAUGAAGAUAAUGGUUUAUGUAAGUUAUGUCAUUAUUCUUGUGAGAAAUGUAAUGGACCUGGAUCAAACAACUGUACUUCUUGUAUUUAAUCUAAAAAUAGGAUAUUCAAAUAAAAUUAAUGCAUUUGCUUAGAUUCUUAUUAUGAUGAUGGUUCAAAUUAGUUAUGUUAAAAAUGCCAUUAUUCUUGCUACACUUGUAAUAAUAAUCAACCUGAUUCUUGCAAAAAUUGUGGAAACUCUUUAAAAAAUUAUAGGAUAUAAUAACAAUAAAUUAAUUUACCAUCUUAAUCUUAAUUUAAAUGUAUUUGUUAGGAUUAAUACUAUGAUGAUGGUAAUAAUAAUAUUUGUGAUAAAUGUCAUUAUUCCUGCAAAACUUGUUCAUAAUAAAACAUUUGCACCAAUUGUGAUCAGUCUUCUUUUAGGUAAUUGUAAUAGGUAGAAGCUAAUAAAAUUUACUGCUUGUGCUAAAUUGGAUAUUUUGAAGAUUCAAAUAAAAUUUGUUAAUAAUGCUCUUAAAACUAAAUGCGAUUGCAAGGAUGGAAUGUAUGAAGAUAAAUCUGGAAUAUGUUAAAUCUGUCAUUUUUCUUGUGAUACUUGUGAAGGAGGUGGGUCAGUUAAUGACUGUAAAACUUGUAACUACUAAAAUAACAGAGUAGUGUAAUAAAAGGAUUCAAAAAUCACUUGUUAAUGCAUGUAAACAUUUUAUGAAUCUAACAAGGCUCUUUGUGAUAAAUGCCAUUAUUCAUGCUUAACCUGUUCUAAAAAUAGUAAUGAAAAUUCUUGUGAUUCUUGUGAUUCCUCUUUAUUUAGAGUACUAAAUAGUGGAAAAUGCAUUUGUAAAUCAGGUUAUGUAGAAGUUAAUCAUAUAUGUGUUCCUUGCCACAAAUCUUGUCAAGAAUGUAUUGGAAUAACAAACAAAGAUUGUACUAAAUGUAAUAUAGAUGAUUAAAGAGUGUAAUCAGUAAAAGAUUAAACCUCAUUUUAAUGCUUUUGUAAAUCCUCUUACUAUGAAGAUUCUAACUUGGUUUGUUAAAAAUGCCAUUUUUCAUGUUAAGAAUGUAUCGGUCCUAAAGCUGAAGACUGUACUUAGUGUUCAAGAUAAAAUUUUAGAAUUCCUAGUGAACUUUCAUUAAAAAAUUUUCUUUGCGUUUGUUAAGAAAAAUUUUAUAGUGAUAAUAUUAAUUCACUUUGUUUACCAUGCCAUUAUUCAUGCAAAAACUGUGAGGGUGGUAAUAAUAAAUAAAACUGUACUGAAUGCAAUUAAUCUUUUGGAAGAAUUAAGCUUUUACAGUAAGGCUAAAAUUAAGGUCAAUGCAUUUGUAAAGAAGCAUUUUUCGAGAAUGGUAGUAAUGAAUUAUGUACUGCUUGCGAUAUUACAUGUAAAAACUGCUUUAAUAGCUCCAAUUAAGGCUGCAAUUAAUGCUAUGAUGAAAGAAAUUUUAUGUUAACUUAAUAGAAACAGUGUAUUUGCAAACCAUAACACUUUUAUAAUUAAAUAUAAAAUGCAUGCUUAAAAUGCCAUGAAUUUUGCUAAAGCUGUAAAGGGUUGGGUAAAGAAGAUUGCUUGUCUUGCUUUCCAUAUUAGAAUAGAGAAUUAAUUGGUACGUAGUGCCUGUGUAAAUAAUCAUUUUUUUAAAUAAAUCAAAACAGUAUUUGCCAAGCUUGCCAUUAUUCCUGCUUAAAUUGUAAUGGAUAUUCACGUUUUUAGUGCACAGAUUGUAGCAGUGAUUCAUUAAGAAUAUUUAAUAGAAUUUAUUCCACUUGUGAUUGCUAGCAAGGUUACUUUGAAAUAAAAAAUACUUAAAAAUGUUAGAAAUGUGAUUAAAAUUGUAAAACUUGUGAAAUGAAAAGUGAUAAAUGUAUAUAAUGCAAUAAUAACAUGGUACUGAAUAAGGAAUCAUACAAAUGUGAGUGCUAAUCUGGGUACUAUUUAGAUAUUAAAACUAAUUAUUGUUAUCCUUGCUCAUACGCUUGUAAAUAAUGCUUAGGACCUUAAAAUGGAUAGUGUCUUACUUGUAAAGAUAAUUAUUUAGGUGUUUUAUCAGGUAUAUUUAACAACUAAUAGACAUAUUAAUGUAAUUGUGAUCCUAAUUUAAAUUGCUUAGGUUGUCAUCCUUCUUGCGAAUACUAAUAGUGUGAUCCUAAUAAUCAAAAUAUUUGUUUAUCUUGCCCAUAAAAUAUGUAAUUAACACCUAUUUAAACAACAAAUAAUAUGAAAUAUUAAAUUUGUGUAUGUAUGGAAGGUUUUUAUGAAGAUAUUAUUCUUUUAAAAUGCUUAAAAUGCCAUUUUACUUGCUAGACAUGUGUAGGACCAUCUGCAUAAGAUUGUUUGAGCUGUAAAGAUGAGGACUUAAAUUUUAGGCAAGCUAAACCUGUUCUUAAUUAAAUUCCUCAUUUAGUUGAAUGUUCUUGCAAAAAAGGUUAUUUUGAAAUAUAAAAUUAGUUAAAGUGUUAAAAAUGCCAUUCAAGCUGUGAAACUUGUUAAGGUUAAUUUAAUUAUUGCAUAUCUUGCCCUGAGAAUUCAUUUAUUUCUUAAAACGGAGUUUGCAUUUGUAAAUAAAAUUUUAUUUUUAUGAGCACUUUGGGUAUUUGCCAGUAAUGCCAUUAUAGCUGUAAUUAAUGUGAUGGAUUAUAAUUAGAUGAUUGCUUAUCAUGCUCAUCUCUUACUACGAGAGUAUUUGUACCUAAAAACGCUAAUAUGAAAAAUAGUUUAGGAACUUGUAAGUGCUAGUAAGGAUAUUAUGAUAUUGGUGAUUCAGAAUGUCAAAAAUGUCAUUAUAGUUGUGAGACUUGUAUUGGUUAAGCUAAUUUUUGUAUAACUUGUCCUCCUUAGAAAUUAAGCCAUCGAUUUUAUUCAUCUAACGGUAAGUGUGAUUGUUUGCCAAAGUAUUUUGAGGAUGUAAACAAUAAUUGUGUGCCUUGUCCUUAUGAUUGCUAUACUUGCAAUCUUGAAAAAAAAUGCUUAACUUGCGAAGAAAGUUAAAGAUAGCUAGAUACCAAAACAAAUAGGUGCACUUGUUAUAAAGGAACAUUUGAAGUUUAAGACAGAAGUUGCUAACCUUGUGAUUUAAACUGUGAAAGCUGUAAAGACAAUCCUAAAGUUUGUUCAACUUGUCAUCCAAAUUCCGACUUAAACUACUUCAGUAAAUGUGUAUGUAACGAAGGCUUUUAUGAAGACCCUGAAUUUUAUAAAUAAUAUUCUAUGAUACCUAGAAAAUAAAUUUCUAUUCUGAAUAAAACUGAUUUAUGCAAAAAAUGUUUUACUACUUGCAAAAGUUGUGAUAAUAAACUUACCUGUUUGUCUUGUGAUGUAAUGAAAUUUACAGUACUUAACCCUAAAACUAAAAUAUGUGAGUGUUUUUAUGGUAGAUAACUAAUUUUAAAUGAGGAUGGAAGCUUUACAUGUGAAUUAUUAGAUAGCUAUAUAACUUAAAGCACAGAAUAAUAAAUUAGCACUAUCCACUAAUUAAUAAGCAAAAUGAUGAAUUUUAUUUAUCCUAUUUUUGGAUUUCUUUCUUUUAUGAGUAUUUUCACAGGAAAUUUAACCUUACCUAAUAUUAUGCUUUAAAGAGUUUUUGAUAUUGAACUAUUAUUAUACUUAAAUGUAAUGCCUAUAGAUAACGUUAAGCAAUUCUUAUCUAUAACAAAUAAAUCAAUCUACAUGUACAUAGGCUAUAUCAACCCCUUUUAAAAUAUUUUAUCAAGCGAGGAUGAUUAUUAUGUAAGUAAUAAUUUAAAAGAGUACAAAAUUUCUACAAAUAUUUACAAAUAAGGAGGUGGUACUAAUGGUAAAUAGUAUGGAUAUUGGUUUAUAAGAUACUAAUUUGCAUACCAAUAUUAGCAAUCAAAUACAAAAAUAAAACUAUCAUGA